CUCUCUUUCUCUUUUUAUUUUUUCUUUCUCUCUCCUUAUCUUCUCUAGAAAAUCCCCAAUCCAUGACAACCAAAGGAAAACCUCUCUCUCUCUCUCUCUCUCUCUCUCUCUCUCGGAUGCUAAUUGUGUCGCCAUUUUCGAAGAGUAGAGAUUAAAUGGGGAGAUUGAAUCUCAGAAAAUCUAAUCUCAAUUUUGUCACCAACACCUGGGUGUUGAUUCGAAUCACUUCUUGUUUUUCUUGAUUUCUCGUUCUCCUUUUGGACAGCAAAUUCUUGAGGGUUUUUUUGAUUCCACCAACACUUUGUAAUCUGUCAAUCUCUUUCUUCAUUUUGUUUUUCUCUUUAUUCUGUUAGGAGAUUUUAGUUUCCAUGUUAGUGAUGCUGAGGAACAGAUCCAGAGCUGUAACAAAACAAUCACCGAUCAUGGCGGAUCACCAAGCUUCGUCUCUUUCACCCCCUACUCCACAGAACCCGACCCGAUCUAUUUCAUCUUUUCUUGGUUCUCCAAGGUUCUUCAAUGGUGGAUUCUUGCCUAAAAAUCUUUCACCGACCUCCAUUCUGGACACCAACAAACAGUUAAUCAAUUUUCCCGGCAACCCAUUUGGAUUCAGUAAAAACCCAGAAAAAUCCACAAAGGUCGUUGAAAAAAAACACCCAUCUGAGAAAGUUGGUUCUGAAGGAAUUGCACUUGCUCUUGUUCUCAUUCAAGAAAACUCUAAUGACAAUAUUUGUAAACCUAGUACCACUAGCCGAAAAGUUCUGCUUGGAUCAAAGUUAAAAAUUAAAAUCCCAGAACCAUUUCCAAACGGGUCACCCGAAUCACGCGGUGAUUUUGGGAUCAAGACCCGAAAUUCUCAGUUUUCAGCCGGUCCAACUCCAACUGGAUUCGGAUCGCCAAGAUUCUUUACAGGUCCUUUGUCUUUGAGUGAGAUGGAGCUCUCAGAGGAGUAUACUCGAGUGAUCUCACAUGGGCCUAACCCGAAAACGACCCAUAUUUAUGAUAAUUGUGUUGUGGAGAGCUGCUGCGGUAUUCGGGUCGGAUCAGAAGUGCCAUUGGAGAGUUUUGUAAGCUUCUGUAACACCUGCAAGAAAAAUCUUGAAGAAGGCAGUGACAUUUUCAUGUACAGGGGUGAGAAAGCUUUUUGCAGUGAAGAAUGCAGAUGCCAAGAAAUGGUUUUGGACGGAUUAAUGAACUCAUAGCAGUUGUGUCAAAUUACCAUUAUGGUGUCCCCAAAUUCCAUUCUUCACUUCUUCACAACUUUGACCGUGAUGAGAGAGAGAGAGAGAGAGAGAGGGGUAUUGCGGUCCCAUGUUAAAUAAACGUAUGGGUUUUUGUUUGUUUGUAAGAUGUGUUUAGAAGUAGGUGGUGAAAUUUUGGUUUUUCUUUUGUUAUUUUUAUUUUAAAAUUGUUUUUUUUUUCUUU